GUUUUUGUUUAAAACUAUCUGAGCUAACCAAAAACAAAAACGAAAGUCCCUCACAGUCCUUCUCAGAAAUCAGGUCUAUGUUUAUUAGAGGCAGGGGCGAGGUGAACAGUGACAUAUACAACAUACAGGAAGAACUGUAUUGUAUUGUGCCAAACAUGGAAACAAACAUUUACAAAAAAUAUGCAGCCUAAUUACCACGAAAUAACUAACAAGGUUCAUUUAUUUAUUGAUUUCUUUUUUAAAUUUAUUUUUCCUGGAUCGCCUUUGGAAUGGGUUCACGAGAGGAGCUGAGCGAUAAGUUUAGCCCGCUGAGCAUUGCUUCACCUGACGAGGACAGAUACGAUAUGGGUGGAAAACGGAAGGCUCUCAUGAUGUGCGUCAGAAAGAACCGAGAAGGAGCAGAGCAGGACGUGGCAAUGAUGAGAAGACUGUUCCUAAACAACAAAUUUCAAUUCCACUGCGCAGAGGGAUCCGACCCAACUGCGGAGGAGAUCCUGAAAACAGUUAAAAACUUCAGGGAUGAAAUCAACAACAGUAAAGAAAACAUCAGCUGCUGCUUCGUGAUCACUGCAAGCCACGGGGAUCUGGGUGCUAUUUAUGGGAGCGACAGCGAGAGAGUGGAACUGAACAGUAUAUUUAAACUCUUCAGGAAUGACCAGUGCCCCAAACUUCAAAGUAAACCAAAAGUCUUCAUAAUUCAGGCGUGCCGGGGAACUCAGAGAGAUUUGGGAGUCAACAGGAAUGCAGCGCCCUGCUAUGAUAGCCGCGGUCCUUCCCUGAGUCCAUUUAAACCUGUUGUAGUACAUGAUAUGUUGACUGUGUAUGCUCAACAGCCAGGUUAUGUUGCCUUCCGGAGUACCAGAGCUGGGUCGCUUUUAUUCCAGGAGAUGGAGGGCGUGUUUAAAGAAUACGCCGGGUCCUGCCACCUCUUUGACUUGUUUACAAAGGUAAACCAGAAGCUUGUCCAAUUAAACAUCAGAGUAUUGAAAAAAGGGGCGGAAACGAAGAAGAAAGACGACUACGAGGCAGCGAAGGAGACCCUCCUGAUAGAGUCAACUCUGAAAAAGCUGCUGUACCUGAAUUCUUAAAGGGAUGCGCUCACCUGAAUGAGGUGUCCGUCUCCAUGGGUAAAUGAUGAUAAGGAAUGCAAUUGUAGCAUAAUUCCAGAUCUCUAUUUUUACUAAAUUUAUUUUGACAUUUUUUCAGUGAUAAUAAUAAUAAUAAUAAUAAUAAUAAUAAUAAUA